UUAUCCGGAUAAUAGGUGAUCGCUUUCCCUGGCAGGUGAGAGUGCCAUUUUGUCUACACGAACAUCAUGAUAAGAAAGGGUGGCAUGGCCCUCAAACCUUUUCUUCCUCAGCUGCAGACUACCUUGUUAAGUGUCUACAUGAUAGUACAAGAACUGUUCGAUCGAGUGCUGCCCUGGCACUUGGAAAGUAAGUGGACUCAGUACCAGGGUUGAUCCCUUGGUUGGGGAUUUACUGUCUGGUCUACAGGGAUCAGAUGGUGGUGUCCGUGGAGCUUUUUUGACUGCUUUUGAAAGGGUGUCCUGAAGCAUGCUGGGAAGAAUAUGAGCAUGGUUGUUAGAGGCCGUGUUUACAACUCCUUACGGAAUUGAUUCGUCAUGAUGAUGAAUCAAGUUCGUAUGUAUGCUGCAAGCAUUUUGGGUAUCUUGACAAAGUACCUUGAAGAUAUUCAGCUGAGUGAGUUGAUUCAGGAACUUUUAAGUCUGGCUUCAUCACCAAGCUGGCCUUUUAGGCAUGGCUCUGUUCUUGCAAUAUCUUCCAUGAUCCACCACAACCCAUCCCCAGUUUGCCUGUCUUCCUCUUUCUCCUCUAUUUUAACCACCUUAAGGACGCUUUUAAAAGAUGAGAAGUUUCCUCUUCGGGAAAGUUCAACCAAGGCGUUAGGCUGGCUCCUCUUAUAUCAAACUCAGAGGGAUCAUUUUGACCCGGUGCUGAACAAGGAUGUUCUUUCAUUGCUUGUUUUUUCAUCCACCCACGAUGACUCCAGUGAAGUUAGAAGAAGAUCUUUGUCUGCUAUAAAAGCUGUUGCCAAGUCAAGUCCUCCAGCCAUUAUGUCUAAUGUUACCAUUACUGGCCCUGCUCUUGCCGAGUGCUUAAAAGAUGGAAAUAUGCCCGUGAGAAUUGCUGCAGAAAGAUGUGCUUUAACAUGCCUUCCAUUGACGAAAGGUACUCUUACCGCAAUUUUUGGUUUAUGCGUUUCGUGCGGUGAAGAAUUGCAGUAG